AUGAUGUAACUCGAUUGGCUUGUACCACAAUUUUGGUCCUGGAAAUUUUCCAUCGACUGGCAGAUGGCUUCGCUUUUCCAAUAGUAGCACUUCAGCACCAGCAAAAAGGAGCAGCUCCAAACGACAACAGUCAAUCCACCCAUCAACAUGUCAUUUGGACGAGGAGCUCCGCGUGGUCGCGGCGGUGGUGGGUUUGGUGGUCGCGGUGGCGGUGGUUUUGGCGGCCGUGGUGGCUUCCAGCAGAGGGACAUGGGCCCUCCUGCGACAAUUCUUGAGAUGGGCAAGUUCAUGCACGCUUGCGAAGGAGAGAUGGUCUGCGAGAGCAUCAACCCCAAGGUCCCUCACUUUAACGCCCAGAUCUUCCUCGAGAACAAGACCGCUGUUGGCAAAGUCGACGAAGUCCUCGGACCCAUCAACCAGGUUUACUUUACCAUCAAGCCCUCGGAGGGUAUCCAAGCCACCUCCUUCAAGGAAGGUGAUAAGUUUUACAUUGGAUCCGAGAAGCUCCUCCCGCUGGAAAAAUUCCUUCCGAAGCCGAAACCCCCUCCGGGUGCGCCCAAGGUCAAGCGAGCAGGCCGCGGAGGCCCAGCAAGAGGUGGCCGUGGUGGCCGUGGAGGCUUUGGAGGUCGCGGAGGUGCGCCGAGGGGUGGUCGCGGCGGUAGUGGUUUCGGCGGCCGCGGCGGCGGUGGCCGUGGCGGCGGCGGCGGUUUUGGCGGCCGCGGCGGUGCGCCGAGAGGAGGCGGUGGCUUCAGCAGUGGUCGGGGCCGGGGUGGCUUCAGCAGAGGAGGCCGGUAGGCUGUGGCUUUGAUCAGCUCAGAGGAGGGGAGGUUUUCUUCUGUUGGACUACGACUCUGGCGUUCUGGUUUGCUUUGCUUUCACAUCGGCCCUGACGGUAGGGGCUCGAGACUGCAUGUACAUCAUCCAUUGCGGUCACCCAAAAAUAGAGAAAAGUCUUGAUCGCGAGCUUUCAGGAAGCCCACAUUGCGAUGCAUACCACUUAUCUUGGAUGUGGAUUAUGAGUUGGGC